AUGAUGGGGUCAAACAUCAUUGAUGAGGACCAACUUCAUGGAGUAGAUGAAGGAUGUCAGUUUUUAGAGAGCAUAGCAUUAAAUAAAGACAGUGUAGUUGAAGUUGCAAAUGAAGAAAUUGUAAGGCAGCUUGGUGGCAGCCUUGCAACAGGUAAUGGUGGCUUAGAUGAAGCAACGGAGGACAAAAAAUUUGAAAAAAAUGUUGGGCACGAUGGGACACUUCAUGAGGAUGCACCUCAUAACGAUGAUGAAACCUUGGAUAGGGUGUACAAGCUGUGUAGAGAUGAAAUAUCAUUUGCUGAGUUGUUUUGUAACAUGAUGAGCAAAGAUAAAGGUGAUACACACUUCAAUGUUGAGUCGUUUAACAGGGGUACAUCUUGGGCUAAUCAACCGGCCAUAGGGGACCAUGAAGCACGGACCAACGAUAGUUCAGAUGAUCACUUUGGAUCCAGUGAAGGUCUUGACUUUGGAAAAACAGUGAAUGGUAAGUCAACAAAAUACGGGAAUGAGCAGCGUACUAAUGAUGGGACUGACAUCAGCCAAGAUAAUGCAAAUAUAGAACUCCAGAAGAAGCCAAAUUCAGAGGAUGAAGGUGAUGCCCAGGCAGCUCGGUACCCAGAUUUCGGGACUUUGGAUGGUGUGCCACAGUUUCGGGUUCGUGACAAGUUUGAUUGUAAGAAUGACUUUAAGAAUGCAAUCAAAAGUUACAUGAUGUUAACAGGAAGACCAGUGUACAUGUACACAAAUGAUUCUACCAGGCUCAGGGCUAAGUGCAGAGCACCAUGCAAAUGGUUCGUAUAUGCGAAGAAGAAUAGAGAUGAAGGCGUUGAAUAUUUCUACGUGCAUUAUAUGAGAGAUAUUCACAUAGAUUGCAUCCCGGAGAACACGAACAAGAAGGUCACUGCAAAAUGGUUGGCAAAUACAUACUUGGAAAAAACUAGAGCUGAUCCUCACAUACCGAUUUCAGGCAUUCAGAAGUGGGUUGAUGAUGAUUUCCACAUCAAAGUCACAAGAUCAAAGGCAUACAAGGCGAGAGACAUAGCACAGAAAACUUUGAAUAGAAAUGCAGGAGAACGGGGAAGACAACAAAAAAAAAAAGGAGCACCAGAUGACGAUAAUCGGUUGUAUGAAGAUGGAACAGAGAGGAUAAAGAAACAUGUUAAGAUGCAUUGUAACAGAUGCACGGAUCCAGUGCAGAUGUGUAUUUGUAGAAAACAUAACUGGAGUACAUUUGUUAAUUGUCUUGUACCCAACAAAAUAAUGAUAGUGCCACACAACAAGAACCAAAAUGAUAAACCUCGAAACAUAAGAAGCAAUGCUCGUCUGACGCCGACUCCACCAUCUAGUGUCCCGAUUGGUGAUGCCGAAAUUGGUGGUGGUUCAGUAGAAGCAAGAAAUUGGCCCUCAAAGCCUACAAAUUCUCCUCGUGCAUCCUUGCAACUUCUUCGGCUUCGGUCAACUGCUCCUGCAGACGAUUAA